ACGAGUAGCAAACAAACAAACCCAGCAGCCAGCCACCAGAGAAUGCCGUCACCUUAAACUAGAGCACCUUAAUUAUCUUGUUGGUCGAAUCCUGCAGCAUCACACAAAAUGUCCAGCGGUUCAGGGCCUGCGCUGGCCCACCGCAGCGUCUCCAACAUUCGCUCGACGUCUGGAACGCACAGCCCGUCUGGCCCCUCCACGCCCCCUCGCACGAUAUCCGCCUCGUUUGGCUCUCCAGCAGCCAUCAGAGCUGAUGAUGACUUCAUUCUGAUUGAGAUUGGCUCGCGCCAUGUCAAGGUUGGCUUUGCUGGUGACGCACAACCCAAGACGACACUGUCAUGCGGCCGUGAUGGCCAAAGGAGAGUUGGCGAUUUCCGACAAUGGCAAGGUCAACAAGCAUCACCGGCCGAGUCAUGGACUACACAGCACGAGAUAUGGCGUUAUGAUAUACGAGACUUGGAUCUUGGCUGGGUCAAGGACAGACUGGAAAGCAUGCUGCGAGAAGCAUUCACAAAAUAUCUCCUUAUCGAUUCACGACCUCGGCGUGCCGGCCUCAUUCUCGACUCCGAUGUCCCCAUACCCCUCCUCUCUACCGUUCUCGACAUUAUGUUUCAAUACUUUCUCACACCCAUCAUAUCGUUAAUGUCGUCUGCUACCAUGACUGCCGUUGGUGCCGGUGUUCGCUCAGCUCUCAUCAUCGACAUGGGAUGGACCGAAACCGUCAUUACCAGUGUCUAUGAGUACCGCGAGGUCAAGACAAGUCGCAGCGUCCGAGGCGGCAAGCUGCUUGUCGACAAACUUUACAAGGCUCUUUAUAAAUUACAUACUGGCAAAGAUGAGGAGGAAGGCCAGUCGAGAACAAUCAGCUUCGAGGAGUGCGAGGAUAUAGUGUGUCGAUUGAUGUGGUGCAGGUCAUCCGCCUUUAAAGCAUCGCAGCGACAGUCUACACAACUUGAUACCGUCGUGGAGCAAGACGAGAACGAAGCUCCUGGCCCAGAAUCAAGCAAAUCCGCACACAUCCCCUUACAGUCGACGACUCCCCCAACUACAUUAGAGGUACCGUUUGACAGGUUAGCUGAUAUCUGCGACGACAACUACUUUGAUUCGACAUCCUCAUCCCUUUCCAACUUUGACGAUGACGAGCUGCCGUUGCAUCUACUCAUCUACCAGCACCUUUUACAGCUCCCAAUGGAUGUCCGCGCCGUAUGCAUGUCCCGUAUCGUCUUUACAGGUGGCUGCUCCAACAUCCUCGGCAUCAAGGAGCGCGCACUGAACGAGGUCACGGCGAUUGUGGAAAACAGAAGCUGGACGCCUGUAUCCGGUAAAAGCGCCGACCUGCUGCGCAACAAGUUACGACUCCAGAGAAGCAGUGCGAUAUCGCGAACCAGCGAGGUCUCUAUCACGGGUUCUACCGAUGGAAGCGACGACGGCAGCACGUCCUCUUCACGACCAAGCUCCAUAGCAACGGUUGCUGAAGUGGACGCCAUUGAAGCCAAGCUUGCGCGCAACAAGAAUGCGCCGCCUGUAUUCCAGGGCCAGAUGCGCGCCAUUCACUCGGUUGGUGCAUGGGCUGGAGCCAGUCUGCUAUGUCAGCUCCGAAUACCCGCCACAGCAACCAUUGACCGCGAACUAUGGCUGCAGCAAGGUGCUACCGGAGCCUCGAGACCAGUAGAGGUCGAUUUAAAAGCCCAAUCGCGCCAGAGCAUGGGCGCGGGAGGUUUGAUCCGAGGCAGUGGUGGCCACCAUACCAACUGGACGCUAGGAGCAUGGGGCUCUACAUAGAAAAGAAAAGCAUAUACCCAAUUGUAGAUGUACAAUUUAAUACAUACAUGUUACUUUG